UACCGUUGAUACAGCGCAGAGUUAACAUCUAAUGGAGAACUCUCAAACAGCUGUAACAUCUACGAAUAGACAGAUAGCUGUUGACUGGAUGUAUGACGUCUGUCAUGAUGUUACAGAUGAUGAAUCUGUAUUUCUACGUGCAGUUUAUACUCUUGAUAGAUUUCUUGCCACCACUGCUAUCAGCAGAUCUCAGCUCCAGCUGGCUGCUGGCGUCUGCCUUCUCAUCAGUUUUAAGAUCACACCACUAGAUGUCUCUGUAUCCCAGAUAUGUGAAUACACAGACAACUGCUUUACCAGGGAAGAAGUAAAGGUUUGGGAACAACUGAUCCUGGUGAAACUAAACUGGACUAUCAGUAUUCUAACCCCUCUUCAUUUCAUCGACCGCAUCCUUUCACCACUGAGACUAAACCAUCUUAAAUCUAAGGUUGUUGAUAUUCUGGUGACUUCAACGGCUGAUCCAUUGAUUUCUACUGUUGACGACCACUCUCUUGCUGUUGCUGCUGUUGAUAUUGUUAUAGAAGAUGCUGAGGAAAGCUGUUGCAUACAACACAAAACUACAGUGGACAUGAUCACCAACAACACCAUUAAAAGAAAGCUCCGUGGAAUCUUUAGCGAUUUUGACUCAGAUUAUGAGUCAAGCCGUGGCUCAGUGAUGAGCCAUGCUUCAGAUUUCUACCUGGGGGAAGAACAGUUUUUCCCCGAAAACCGAAUCAAACUUGGCCACUCUGGUUCAAUGAUUCCUAUCUUCUGAAGUAAACAGGAAUAAUGGAUUUUCAAUUGUACAAAAAAGAAAAAAUGAUCAUGAAGAAAUUUUGUAACUGAACUAGUCUUUCAUUACCAGGCAUUAUUGUAUAUUAUUUUAAAUUGUUUUUUUUUUAUUUUAACAUGAAUUCUUAACAAAU